UUCAAAUGUUUAUUAUUUUUAGUUUGCUCCUCUUGGAAAAAUGAAACUUAUUUGCUUCUGUCUCCUUGCAAUCUUUUCAUGUGCAAAUGCCAAGCCAAAAAAAUUUCUCAUCGAAACAAUGGAUGAAAAUGAACCAGAUCCUUAUUUGGAACCUGAACCUAAAGAAGUGUUCCCAGUAGCUGUUCCUGAACCUGUUCCUGAACCUGAACCUGUUCCAGAACCUGAACCUGUUCCUGAGCCUGCUCCUGAGUUCAGAUCUGACAUUAUUCCUGGGGAAGGAGCAAAGCAAGAGGAAGGUUUGUUUCUGAUUGAGACUAAAGAUGAUCCAGCGAAUGCAAAUAGAUUAAUAUGAAGGAAUAAAAUAAAAUAAUUCUUUUAUAUAA